AUGGCCACCAAUACUGCAACUGUUCCUAUAUAUAGCUUUAAGGGCAUACCAUUUGGUCAGCCUCCGGUAGGGGCGCUGCGAUUCAUGCCCACUGUACCCAUAAGUUACGCCCAGAAUCGUACGUUUAUGGCCACACAAUUUGCCAACACGUGUCCGAACCCGUUCAACCCGGCCAACGUCACCGAGGAUUGUCUGUACCUAAACGUAUGGACACCCACACUAACACCGGGCGCCAAUUUGAGCGUGAUGUUUUGGAUAUAUGGAAGUGGGUUCACCUGGUGGGGCACCAAUAUGUUUGACGGUCAACAGUUGGCUAUCAGGCAAGUAGUGGUGGUUACCGUUGCAUAUAGGUUGGGUGCGUUUGGGUGGCUAUGCACCGAUCGGGCAGACGCGCCCGGCAAUAUGGGCCUAUAUGAUCAGUUAACUGGCUUACAGUGGACUGUAAAGGGGCUAGACGACUUUCUAAUCCCCCCGAAACGACAAAUAGCCCAAGCCUUUCCCAUAAGUAAUAACGAAGGGCUGGGCAUGCGUCAAAACGCAUGCGCCAACUUACCUCAAGUCUAUAGUAAUGUACAAAACGGUGUGGCGACCGCCAAACGGUACGCCGCGUACGUCGGGUGCGACCCGAAUGGCGAUUACUUGGGUUGUCUGCGGGCCAUACCGGCCGCCCAACUGUUGGCCGCCCAGACAUCGGCGCCCAUAUGGAAUCAAGCGGGCGGUCAGCCGAUCCAAUUGUACGCCGAUGGCGCACCAUUUACCAUAUGCUACGGCACAAACUUUCUGCCCUCUGAUCCGCUAACGUUGCUAAAAACGCCCGCUUUUCGGCCCGAUCUGCGCGUUAUGAUAGGCCACGUGUACAACGAAGACGUGGUGUUUGGCGCGGGCGUCAACCUAGUAGCGCCGGUUAUGGGCCGAUACGUGGGCCAAGUGAGAGGCGCGCUCACCAACCGUCGAUUGGCCAUCGCUAAUAUCAUGACGGUGUUUGUGAACACUGGGUUCGGCCCGACGCUGGCCGCCCAAUACACGGCGUUCAACGCGACGGCACCGGCGUUGGCCAACAGUACGCGCAUUAACGCCGCACUGAGGGCUACUGUGAUGCAUGCGCUGAGCGAUUACUUGUUCGUCUGUCCCACGGUGCUUUUUGGCCAGUAUUUGACCCAGUAUUCAAACUUUGCCGUCCCAGUCAACCAAUAUUAUUUGCGUUACGCCAAUAGCCAAUCGCCGUGCUAUGGAAGCGAUUGGUGUCUGGGCGCCACCCAUUUGGAUGAUAUACCCCUAGUAUUUGGCCGGCCUUUUUACCAGACUGGUUUUACUGACACGGAUCGAUUUAUGAGCGCUACAGUUAUGAAUAUAUGGACCAUGUUUGCUAAAACUGGCUUUAAUCCGGUAUUAGACAUUUACAAGAAACGGACAUGGUGUCGAAGUCCCGUGAACCGUAUUUGUUCAUACUGA